UUAAUAAAAUGAUAAAAAAAUAUGUUUAAUAAUAAAAAAUUUGCAAUAAAUUGCUAUAGUUAAAGGUGGCCUACUGCUUGCUGUUCCAAUAUUGUUGCGUGUUAAAAAUAUCAAGAGAUUUUUUAUAAGAGGGGAGAUACACCACCCCCCCCCCCUUCUAAAUUUUGAUAGAGACAAUAAUGGCCAGUGGUGCCAAAACAACAAACCUAAUUUUAGUAGUGGGUAGUUCCGCUAAUCGAGAUGGUGUCGAAGAAAAUCUUAAUAACAUUAAACUUUUAGAAGGUCUUUACAAUGCCGAAGUAAUAGAAUGGUUAGACAAGACGGAUGAAGAAUACAGAAAUAUUUUUCGUAAUCUAAAAAAUGAUAAGGAUUGGGAAACAAAAUUUUUACAAUGCAAUUUUGUAUUAGUAAUCUGCUUGUUUCAUGGAGAUACAGAUGGACAAAUUACUUUCAACGGUGAAAUCACACAGUUAAAGUGCAAUUUUCUAAAUCCAUUUUUUUCCAUCGAGCAGCUAGAUGGCAAACUUAAAUGGUUAGUCGUACAGGCAUGUCGAGGCAAUUUAGAAAGUGUUCAAAUGAAAGCGGAUGGAAAACGUAAAAAAAAAUAUUUAGAUAUUUGUAUGAUCUCGUAUUGCACUAGUGAAGGAAUGGUUAGUAGACAAUAUGAUAAAAACGGCAAAAUUUUUAUACAAUAUCUAUGUGAAGAACUAGCUGACAAUGCAAAUAAUAAUAACUAUAAAACAUCAUUGGUCACAAUUAUGAACAACGUUAUAGAGAAGGUACAUCAAUAUGGUAUUAAAGAACAAAUCAAUGAUUUUCCGUUACCGGUGUAUUCUAAAAAUUUCCUUGAUUAUUCCUUUGGACAAUAAACAACUGCAUAUAACGGCCAAAUAUUGUUGCCGUUAUAUGUAGUUAACUGGUAUUAAAAAACAUAAAGAAAAUGAAAAAAAAUUAAUAUAUAUGCAUAUACAUGCACUAAACCAUUAAUUGAUCUUGUUUGAAUUGUUUAGGUAAAAGAAACGCUUUUGGAACAUCUUC